GAAGGGGCUCGAGUCUUUGGGGCCCUGGGGCCUAUUGGGCCCUCUUCACCUGGGCUUGCUCUUGGGGGACUUGCUGUCAAUGAGCACCGGCUCAGCAACAAACUGCUGGCCUGGAGUGGCGUGCUGGAGUGGCAGGAGAAGCGUAGACCCUUCUCGGAUUCCACAGCAAAGCUGAAGCGCACCCUGCCCUGCCAGGCCUACGUGAACCAGGGCGAGAACCUGGAGACGGACCAGUGGCCCCAGAAGCUGAUCAUGCAGCUCAUCCCACAGCAGCUGCUGACCACACUGGGCCCCCUAUUCCGAAACUCUCAGCUGGCCCAGUUCCACUUCACCAACAGAGACUGUGACUCCCUCAAGGGCCUCUGCCGCAUCAUGGGCAACGGCUUCGCUGGCUGCAUGCUCUUCCCGCACAUUUCUCCUUGCGAGGUGCGAGUGCUCAUGCUCCUGUACUCGUCUAAGAAGAAGAUCUUCAUGGGCCUCAUCCCCUAUGACCAGAGCGGCUUCGUCAAUGCCAUACGGCAGGUCAUCACCACCCGCAAACAGGCCGUGGGCCCUGGCGGUGUGCACUCUGGACCUGUUCAGAUCGUCAACAACAAGUUCCUGGCUUGGAGCGGCGUCAUGGAGUGGCAGGAGCCCAGGCCUGAGCCCAACAGCCGGUCCAAGCGGUGGCUGCCAUCCCACGUCUACGUGAACCAAGGGGAGAUUCUGAGGACAGAUCAGUGGCCACGGAGGCUCUUCAUGCAGCUCAUCCCGCAGCAGUUGCUGACCACUCUGGUGCCGCUGUUCCGGAACUCGCGCCUGGUGCAGUUCCACUUCACCAAGGACAUGGAGACUCUCAAGAGCCUGUGUCGGAUCAUGGACAAUGGCUUUGCGGGCUGCGUGCACUUCUCCUACAAGGCCUCCUGCGAGGUGCGCGUGCUCAUGCUCCUGUACUCCUCGGAGAAGAAGAUCUUCAUCGGCCUCAUCCCACAUGACCAGAGCAACUUUGUCAACGGCAUCCGUCGAGUCAUUGCCAACCAACAGCAGGUCCUGCAGCGAAGUCUGGAGCAGGAGCAGCAGCAGAGAGGGAUGGGUGGCUAGUGGACCCCCAGGCUGGGCGGGCCACAGUCCCAGACGAGGCCCCAAUGGAGACUGGUGAGCAGUACUUGUAUUUGCGGGAAGCAGCUGGGUGGCCCCGGCCUUAGGGAGACCCGCUGCAUGAAGCACUGCCUCCUGGUACAAGUAUCCCUGCCAAGGAAUGGAUGCCAGGGCCACGGCUUCAGGGCCUGAGGGUAGGGUGCAGUUUCACUAGUAGAAGCCACCCCUCCUGCCUCCCAGGUCAGAUGCUUCUGAGCAGGGGCUUCUGGGGACUGUGCCUGCCCAGCCAGCUGGAGGACAGCGUCCCAAGUUCUCCCAAGGAUGGUCCUAGCCCCUGUAUGUUUCCCUAAUAAAGCCUUUUAACCCACA